AUGGACUGGGCUGGCCGGAGUUUCUCAACGCUAUCCUCUCAACUGCAGGGUCCAGGUCCGCCGUACGACAACCCUAACCCCUUUGGUCCAGUUCCUGGCGCCUGUGUCUCCCACGCCUCGAACCGGUCCAGCACAUCCUCCCCCGAUCGGCCUCUCAAGCAGGGACGUCGCCAUUCAGACCCCGACUCCAGAAUCCAGAACCCAGAACUCAGAACUCAGAUUGUCUACGCCGUAGCAGCCAGCCCUGCCUCACUCGCCCGCUUCUAA